UGGUCUCUCUCGCAGAUGGUGUGAGAAGACCACCACUGGAGCAGGAAUCCCAGUUCUGACCACUGACCCUCUCUGCCCUCUCCGAGGUCAUCAGGGAUGCAGAGAGCAGAAGGACACCUGGGCAGUCUGUGAUCCCAGGCUCUGCGGGGCACCGGAAUGGCACACGCCGAGGAUGAUGACCCCAACCUGUGGGAGGGCCCAGACGAGGACAAUUCAGAGCUCUCCCCGUACAGGGACGAUGCGGAGUGCGAGAGUGUGCUCUCCGAUGACUCGGUCCUCCCUGUGUAUGACCGUGAGCAGAAGCCAGGCACGGGGGAGGUCAGCACACUGUAUGAGGCUGCCACACAGAACGACGUCACCGCCCUGCGCAGACUGCUGGAGAGGGGCGUCACCCAGGAGGAAGUGAUGGAGCUGGACAUCAAUGGACGGAACUGUCUGAUGCUGGCUGCUGAUAAGGGCUUCGUUGAUAUAGUCACUGGGCUUCACCACUGUCCCUUCAUCGACAUCAACCACCAGGACAAAGAUGGAAACACCGCUCUUAUGAUUGCUGCCCAAGCAGGCCACAUCAACAUUCUGAACUACAUCCUGAACUACUACAGCGGGGUGGACACAGAGGUCCGAGACUCACGCGGAUUCACUGCACUCAUCAAGGCCGCCAUGCAGGGCCGUAAUGACUGCGUGUCCUCACUGAUCAUGGCAGGCGCGGAUCUGAACGCUGUGGACACAGCUCGGGGCAAGUGUGCCCGGGACUGGGCCCUGAAGACCGGGCGCUUCGAGACGCUGCAGAGGCUCCGCCGACUGAACAUGCGGCCCUGCGCCGAGCAGUUCUACGAGUCCUAUGUCCCUGAGUGGCCGGAGCUGAAGGAGCUGGUGGCCAAGGCCAUGGCCACCAAGAGUCGGGGCGAGCGCCUGACAGAGCACCUGCGCUCCAGCCUGACCUUCAGCUUCCCCCGAGACCCCCAGGACAAUGGAGUGCUGGACCAUAUGGUGCGCAUCACCACCAGCAUCCACUCCCCUCUGGUGGCCACGGGCUGCCGCCCGCUCUGCCCCACAAGCCCCCCAGAAGUCGGCAAGAGGCGCCUGGCAGUGCCUGAGCUGGUGCAGAGGCACCCAAGUGCGGACCUGGAGGAGCACCCGGUGCGGCACAGCAAUGGCUCCAUCUCCUCUGCCUCGCCCUCCGUCAAGUCCACCUCAUCUGUGUCGCUGGCAUCCUGCUGCUCUGACACAGAGCGCCGUGGCAGCGUGCUCUCUAUGGCAUCCAACAGUGUGCGCAGCUUCCUCCCCCGCAGCCUGGCGCGCCGCAACAGCGUCUUCCCUGCCGGCUGCAUCCCCCAGAUCAAGGUAACCAAGUCUGCCGACCCCACACCCAAGAAGGAGAAGAAGAGGAAGAUGUCUAAGACCCACCUGGAGCCACCAAUUUGGAAGUAUAAGGAGGCCAAGGAGGAGAAGAAGAGAGAGAAGAAGAAAGCAGAAAAGGAGAGGGAAGAGAAAGAGAAAUCAGACAAAGACAAGAAAAAGGAGAAGAAAGAGAAGAAGAAGAAAAAGAAGUAA